AUGUUUACUGAGCGCACCUACAAGCGCACUAACAAGUACUACGAGUGGCAUCGCACAGACGACGGAAAAGGCAAAAAAGGCGACAAAGGCAAAGGCAGAGAAUCCGAAGGAAAAGAGGAAGAUCUCCCCCCACGAAUAGGCAAAUAUUGCUACGCGAAGGUCACAGCAGAUGUCUCACGCAAGGACGGCUACACAAUAUUCUAUCCAGCCUGUGGAACUCUUCUGGCGAAAGGAAAGUGGGAGAUCUUUUACCGUGAGGAACUAGUCACCUUUGACGAAACCCUUGACGAGAAUAAACAUAUCAUGUGUGUUCUAGUAAAUUCAGAUGGGCAUACGCCAACUGAGGUGGAAGUACUGAGAAGCUUUCGGAAAGUGCUCCAAGAAGCUAACGAAGCUAUACUGAACCUGAAUAAGCAGAAGUGGGAGGCGCUUGAGAAGGUAUUCGACGCUGCUGAAAAGCAUGGUCUUCGGGAAUUUCAAUAUCUUAUCUGUGAAGCAUUCGAGAGUCUUUACAAAGUCGAUAUGUCUGUUGAUGAUAACAUUCUCUAA